AUGCCUGGAAUCAACUCGGACAUCCCACGCUGGCAAUACCCGCCCACGUCCGACAAGGAGUUCGACUACGCUAAACUCGAGACGCUCGACCUCUCUAAAAUCACCGGGAGCGACUACGAGAACGUACCUGAGGAUGUGGUGAAGACCAUCGGCGACGCCUUCGCCCGCGACGGCUUCAUCUACGCGACCAACCACGGACUGUCAUCAGAGCAGAUCCACAGGCAAUUCAGCAUCGCCCAGUAUGCAUUCGACGGUGUGUCCGAGGAGGACAAGGCGCGCUACGCGGCUAAGAUCCUCGAGGAGGGCGACUUCACCGGAUACAAGCCGCGCGGGCACUGGAAGCUCCGUGGCGUGCGCGACCAGAUCGAGCACUUCUCCCUGGGCGGGCAGAGCUACACGCCCGAGCGGCGAGAGAAGAUCUUCCCACCAGCGUUGAGCCCGCUCGUCGACGAGAUCGAGGAGUUCACCGAGUACAACCACGACCACAUCUACCGCAAGAUCCUUACCGUGCUCUCGCUCGUGCUGAAGCUGCCGCCGAAUGCACUCUGGGACCUCGCGUCCAACAAGGACGAGCGGUUCGACCUCUUCCGAUACGCGCUAUACCACCCGCCUUCGCCGGACGAGGACGCGAAGACAGAUGGUGUCCGGCUGCAAGGCCACACCGACUUCAACGCCGUAUCUCUUCUCUACUCACAGCCCAUUGUAAGCUUGCAAGUCCUGAUGCCCGACAACGUCUGGCGCUACGUGCGCCACGUCCCCGAUGCGCUCGUCAUCAACCUUGGCGACGCGAUGCACUUCAUCUCCGGGGGCUACCUCAAGCAGACGAUCCACCGCGUCGUCUCCCCGCCCGACGCCUCGCAGGUGCCCUACCGCCGUAUGGGCGUGUUCUACUUCGCGCAGUUCAACCGCUCGACACGCCUGUCGCCGCUCGCCGCGUCGCCUGUCGCGUCGAGCACCGGCACCUCGUUCUUCGACAACGGGCGCAAGUCACCCACGGCCUGGGAGUGGGAGUGCAGCCGCGUGAAGGCGUACGGGCAGGACGGGGCGAAGAAGACGAUCGAGGGCGGGCACGAGGAGGAAGAGAUGAUCGGGGGCGAGAAGGUUGUGCAUUAUAACUGA